GUAUCCUUAAACCGGAAAGGAAAUACUUGUUUACAUUAAGUAGCUUAAGAUGACUGUUAUAAUUGAUAUUAUAGUAUUACAAAUUGAAAAAAUACUACAAUAAUACAGAUCCUGGUAAAGAGCUCGGACUCUUUGAGAUUUCAACAUGCAUACAAUCAAGGUAUUAAAUUGCUGCACAUUUAACGUUACUAGAGAUAAUGGAUCGUUUUCUGACCAUACACAGAAAUGUUUAGAAUGUCUUAAUAGCGAGAAGGCAUUUCUAUACAUACCAGUUAUAAUUUUCGUUGCUUUGAUCAUGGUCAUAGGAACGUUUGGAAACAUCAUGGUGAUAUAUGUGUAUAACUGGGGAUUUAAGCGAAGAUCGGCCAAUUUUUUCAUCAGUGCUAUGGCCGUCUUUGAUUUACUGGGAUGUCUUAUAUCAAUGCCUGCCGGUGUUUAUGACCUUAUUCAUUCCUACACUUUCAAUGAUAAAAUUGGGUGUAAAUUAGUAAAGUACACAGAGGCCGCCAUCAUUUAUGGAUCAGCAAUAAUUCUUAUCGAAAUUGCAUUUGACAGAUACUUUAAAAUUUGCAGACCAUUACGGGUUUUGAUGACUUCAAAGAUUAAAACUAUGUGUAUGGUUGCUUGUAUAGCUGCUUUUAUUCUUGCAUCGCCUGCAUUGUUUUUGUUCGGGGUUACAAAGCAACCAACGCCAAUAAACGGUACAUAUGGUUAUGACUGUUCAAUAGACGAAAAGUACCGAGGAACGGCAUUUCCGAAAGUAUAUUAUAAUAUGCUUACUGUGGUAUUCGUUAUAACUUUUUCGUUGUUGGCAGGAUUUUACAUAAAAAUUUGGAUUGAAAUUCGACAACGUCGUGACUGCGGGGUAGGAACGGUUUAUGGGUCAACCAGAAUAAAAAAUGCUGUCAAACUUGCACGCACUAAAAAUUCUAUGUUCGCAAGAAGUAUCAGUAGUGAAAGUAAGGACAAGACGCCAAUGUCGCCAAAAUCAUCCAAAAAGAUAACAGAUGAUAUUUCUCCUGAAACUGAAAAGUCUCCUCCAUGUUCCCCGAAAGUCCUAUCGCAACCUAAAACAAUCAAACUCAGUAGGACCACUAUUAUAUUUUUCACCGUCACGGUAGCGUUUGUGGUAACAUACUUACCAGGACUAAUCAUAAUGAUCACAAGGAGUGUGGUGACUAAUUUUUAUGAGGAUUUAUCACCGAUCGAGGAAAUGAUUGUGAAAUUAUUUUCCAGAUUUUAUUUUAUCAACAAUGCAAUUAAUCCGAUUAUUUACAGCUUUUUGAACUCAAGAUUUAGGAAGCAGUGCUCGAAAGUGUUUAUUUCCAUAGCUAUGUGUUGUAAGAACGUAAUGAAGAAUAAAGAUGACAUUUCGUCACAUGAUUAUUCGAGAUCGUAUACAUAUUAAAAAACAAUGCAUUGACAUUGACAAAUAAAGGUUGUUCUCCGGAAGAUCUCGGACUUUAUCCUGUUAUUAUAUUAGCAUUACCAAUUUUCAGUAAAGCUUUGUCUUACUUAAUUUAACUUGUCAUAUAAUGUAAUACAUGUAUAUACGGAAUAUUAUAAACAUUUGUAAUUGUCGCGUGCAUAUUCAAUAUAAAGUGUAUGUAUUAUUGUUAAAGCAUGUUCUUAUAAACCAUAUGUUUUCCAUAGUGAAAGUACACAAUAAGUUUUCAAUAAAUGUUUAAAAUAUAA